GGUAAUUCUUGUAGUAUUAUGGUAAACAAUAUGUGUCUCCGUGUUUUAUCCCCUGAUCUAUAUUUGCCUUAUGAAUCGGGCCUUCAUUUAUAUGGAUCUUACAAUGGAAUCCUCUGCAUUUCAAAAGCAUCCCGUGACCCUGUCUAUUUGUGUAAUCCAACCAUUCGGGAACACCUGAGACUUCCUGAUUCGAAUUGCUGGAAUAUGAAUGGCUGCUGGGAUAAUAGUGUGUUGGGUUUUGGGUUGGAUGAGUUAGCUAACGAUUACAAAGUCUUGAGGAUGGGGUGUUUGGCUAUAAAAACUUAUGUCAGUCUUUAUAUGUUGAAAUUUAUAGACUCAGUUCCAACCGUUGGACUAAGCUUGAUUUCGAAUUGAAGGGUUUUACUAGCCCUGGAAUAUAUUGGGAGAAAUGUUUGAUACGCAAACUUGCCCCUGCUGGAGGAGUGUUUGUGAAUGGUUCUUGUUAUUGGUCAGGGGAAAUUGAGGACACAAGUAUUCUUGUGAUUCUUAAGUUUGACUUCUCAACUGAAACCUUUAGCCUGAUAAAUGGUCCAUACACGAACACAGAACCGCAGACAUCUAUUUAUACUACAACUCCAUUCCGUCUUGGGGGAUAACCUUGCUUUGAUCAUCAAGUGUGUGCAUGAUAUAUAUGGUUGAAGUCUGGGUGAUGAUGGUGCAGGAAGAAGAAGAAGAAGAAGAUGGGAAGCAAUCAUUCUCAUGGUCUAAGAAAGAUUCCUUUCAGAUGUCACUUCCCAACAUAUUGACUUGUUGGAACCAUGAUCGGAUACUCUUAAGGACCUAUACUGGCACAGUAAUUCAAUGCCACUUCCUCGCCAACAAAUUUUAUGAAAUCAUGGAUUGGCGUUUCCCAAUUUCGUGCAAAGAUGAGGUGUCUGCUGUGGUUUUCCAACAAACGCUAGUUUCCCUUCGACAUAAAGUAGGAGGAGCGGAAUCGGAAGUGGGUUACCAUCAUCACCUACACUUUCUUUCCCCUCCCUUCUUGUGGGAGUUUUCGUCUUCCUGUCAGAGUUUGUACUGAGUUUUUUUUCGUACGUGUAUGUUUGUUUUCUUAGACGUAGCUGAGAUUCAAGCAAAAGAGACCGGCGAUAAUCUAGCCUACAAAGGAAGAAACUAGUCAUUUUUAUUUCCAUUUGACACUAAAAGUUUUUUUUUUUUUUU